AUGUUCUACGUGGCGGAACGCUUCUUCUCCGUCAUUUGGUUGCUCCAUGACGACAACCAAAAAAUGUCUAUGCUGGACCUUAUCUGCAACAGGGUGCCCACCAAGCGGCGGCAACACUCCACGUCCGUGCAGAAACAGCAGCCGGAACACGAUGAGGGGGAGGAGGAGGGAGCCUCUGUGAGUGGGGCCUCAAGCGGCAGCAGCGCAAGCAGCCCCAAGCAUUCCACAGCUACUAACAGCAGUUACUCAAGCAGCAGAUCCGGCAGUGUAUCUUUGUCAUCAGAGAGGCGUGACGACCUCGAGCCAGAGGAUGCUGCUACAGGGCGCAAGCAAGUGCAGCAGCAGCGGGAGCCACUGGUUUCCCGUCCCCCUCCGGACCCGGGUCUGAUGCCGCUGAUGGACUUGCCCCCUCCUGCUACUGCCAGCUGCAACAGCCUAGCAGCAGCAGCUGCUGCUGCAGCUGCUGCAGCUGACGCCGCAGCUCGUGCUGCAGCCCUCAGACACUGCCGCUCGGCAGAGGGGCCAAUGCUUUCUUCAGGACCUUCUUUUUUGUCUGCUUCCCCCUGUGGCUCUGGGGCCAGGGGCAAGAACUAUGCAGACACUUCCUUCCAAAAUGCAACAGAGAACAGGCCAAGGCCUGCUUCUGCUGCUUCAGCAGCUUUGGGUUUUGUUUACUUCGACGAAAUCGGUGGUUUCAAAGGGGCGUCCUCAAAGCUUCGCGCGCAGCCACAGCAGCAGCGCCAGACUGCUCAGGGUCCCGGAUUUGCUACACAGAGGAGGAGGGUAAAGAGACACACACAACCGCCUCUGCAAAUCGGCAUGCAGCCGCUGCCCAAACUGCCGCAACAGGCUCUAGCCCACAUACUACCGCGAGAUGGCUUGUCUCAGCAGCAGCAGGCACAACAGCAACUAGUUUCUGCUUCUCACGGUAUUCGUUGCAGGUCCCAGGGAAGCCUUGGACGCGCUCCAGAGCUGCCGCGGCAGCACUGGCAGCUGCAGCUGCAGGGGCAGCUGACUCCUUGGCAGCAGCAACAACAGCUGCAGCAAGGGGAACAGCACCAGCAGCAAUUGCAGCAACAGCAACAACUGCGACCGCAUGAUGCAUUUCAUCGCAAGAAUUCGAUUCCGUUUAGCCGGUCUGCUUCUUUAUGUGAUCGCUCAUUCGGCACGGCAGCACCUGCAGCAGCAGAUGCAUGCGGCCUGCUGUCUGACUCUGCAGCAGGACCAGCAACACCACCUGCAUGCCGCCACAGUGCUGCUUCCCGCAGCUUCUCGCGAUUAGAUGGCGACCGCGAGCUGCUGCGAUGGAGCCGUAACUUGGGUUCUUCGCAGCACACUAGUUGCUGCAUUUGCAGCGGCAGCAGCUGCUGUAACAACUGCUUGAGCUGCUGCAGCAGUAGCAACAGCAAGGGUCUGAGCUUCCCGAGGAGCAUCAGCCCUGGUGUAUAUGGUCGCCACCGGCCUAGUUCGUAUAUGCAGCGCCGCAGGUACUCAACAGUGUGCUGGCCUGUCGACAGGGCGGCAGCGGCAGCAAGGACUGCUGCUGCGGUAGGGAGUCAGCCGCACCCACUUGGCUGCUGCCGUGCCGCUGCAGCCUCCUGGCGGCGGCAGCAGCACGAGGAAGCAGCAGCAGCUGCUGCUGCAGCGGCCACAAAAGCUGCUGCACUGGCAGCCUCAGAUGUACUGAGUUUGUACCGUUCAACUGGGGCGAGCAGCAGCGCAGCCGCUGCAGCAACAGCAACAGCUGCCGCAACUGCUGCAGCUUCUGCAGUAGUUGAAAGUUCCAAAGAGGGUUCUUCUUCGUCGGGUGCAGUAGGAGGGCCUUCCAUAUCUUGUCAGCAUUACGUCCCUUACAACCGGUCUUCCUCGCUGCAUGCACUCCAGCAGCAGCGGCAGGGGGCCUAUUCGAGUCGGCAUUUUGGGGAGGAGGCGAACUGGAGACCUUUUUCUAGCCCGAGUCUUUCCCCAUGCACUGCUAGGAACAGCUCGCUCACAACAGCAAAAGCUGGUGUAGCGUCGCCCCUUAACAGCACUGCUCUAGAAAGCGGUCCAACCAGCUGCAGCAGCAUCAGGCGCUGCUGCUGCUGCAGCUCCGGCAGCAGCAGGAACGCUGGCGCCACAAGCAUCCCGGACAUCUGCAGGGGAAGCCCGUCUUUACACCAGUACCGUUAG